AUGGCUUCCCGUCCCAUUAACAGUUGGUUCCUUCGAGGGGAAGGCUCAGCUUCCUUCCACGCCCCUCCAGUUAGCCAAGGCACGCCGUCUUUACACUGCAAACAAGAGUCUCACGGUCACGACACAAAGCCUUCUUCGCACCCGCCGAACGUAGAGUCACCGAAGGAUCAGAAGACUCGGUACACCGACACCGAACAACCCACUGCCUCAGACAUGGCGCCUCCGCCUGAAGUGACUGUGAUCCUAGAUUCGGAUAGCGAGUCCACCGUUUCCGUCCAUGCUGCCACCGAACUCGAACUGGCUGCUUCAGGGUUCAAGCUCCCAAAAGGCCAGUCGAGCGGAACACCGGUAGAGUUGGAGCCAUUGGAUUGUGACUGCCUUCGAUGCGCUCGCGCUCUGGCAGAUUACAAGCCCAAACAUGGGCAGAGAUUUGCUCCCCCGCUCUGCUGUUACAACAUUCGCUCAUCCACGGGUAGCUGUACACGCUGCAUUUCUUCCCAUGGGGAAUGCUUGAAAAUGCCUUACCGACACCACCGUUUGGUCCGCCGAUUCCGGAAGCUCGCGACAGACGAAACCCUCCGCAAGACUCGAGAGUUCCGGAUCCUACGUUGGCGGGUUCGCCAGACCUUGGAGUCACUCAAGUCCAAGUCAAAUCAUCUCAAAUCUCAGGAGCAUCAAGAUGCCGAGGAGGAUCUUCGCUAUCGGCGCCAGCGAGAGGCCUGGCAAGACCGGGUCCAACUCGACAUCGCCAAUAGCCUUCAGCAUGUUGCUCAGUCUCUGGUGCGAGCCUCUGAGACCCGAUUGAACCGUGUCCUUGAUGAGAAGGAGGCAGCCGGAGUGCCCGAUUUCGCUGAUUCCGGGCCUGUGUAA